GUCAAUUCGCUGCCGAACAUCGUGGGGUGUGUUUCAUUCCGAGGCGCUUGCUCCGAAACGAAGAUCCCGCCGUGAGAAACGCGUCGUUCCGUCCGCUCGAAAUUCAGAUACCUAAUUCAGAUACCAAUAUAUAUUUAUAUUAAAAUAUAAAUGCCCGAUUAUUUAUGGUUUUUCGUGUGACCGCGAGCAGUUUUAAUUAAUAAUAUUCAUCAGAAAAUAGGCGUGAAAAUAAAAUAAAUUUGUGCCCAAUUUAAAUACAAAUUAAGCCACAAAAUGAGCCUAAAGUUGGUGGCAAUCGCUUGUGCUUUUCUGGCGUUGGGGUUGAGUCAGGUCCUGGCUGCUGCCGUGACUACAGCGCGUCCUUACAAGUUCGGCUUCACCAUCGAUGAGCAACAGCACCGAGCGGAGCAAAGAGAUGAACGCGGCAUUGUUAUGGGCGAGUUUGGGUUCAUUACCGCCGAUGGAAUCUACCAUGUGACGGUCUAUGCCACCGACGAGGAGGGCAGGUUCCGGAUAAUAUCCAUGAAGAGUUACCCCUACGCAGGACCCGUAUCGACCAAGUCCUUACCGGCUACUACGACGCAGAAGGCUCUGCCAGUGGCAGCCACUCCCCCCAGGAGCGCAUUUAAUACGGAGGGCUGUGCGGGAUGCUUCCUGAAGAAGACGCCCGUUGCGGGUAGCGGAAAAACAGAGAUUCGCACCCUGUCCCAGCCUCUCGAGCCAUCGAAUGCUCAAGCUGCACCAGGUAAUGAUCGGGGAGUGAAUGUGGAGCUUCCGUUCCGUUCCGUUGCUCAGGCUAUCCUGGGCCUUCCCCAGGGAACUCCCCUCACAGUCACACAUCACAACACCUACACGAACACCGACACGAGCGCACCCACCAAACAAAUCCUUCAGGGUCUUGAAGUGGCCAUGAAAACCUACACUACGACGAAGCAGGCGGUGACAGGACACGUGAGUACCCAGACCCUAAGCUCUCAAUCGUCGAAAAGCCCCCACAGAGUGGACUUCAAUGUGGGCGUGGACAUUAAGGAGUCAACGGCAUCGAACUAUAAUCCCUUGAACAUUAAGUUGAGUCAGGGUGACUUCAGGAAACCCAGUCCCUACAGUGGAGGCAAUGCAGCGGUCUUGCCACUUUCAAAGCAGCCACUUGUGCCUCCUGCCACAGUGCCGGCCAGUGACGUCAAAAUAUUUGCCGUCGGAAGUUCAGGACCUCAUGCUGCCAGCUCCAAUAUCCAAAAGAUCAUCCAACAUCCAGGCGUUGGCUUUGGCCAUGUCACCAAAUCGGGAGUUUCGGCCGCCAAGAGGGUUUCCUCUUCCAAGUCAUCGCAGUCUGCAGGCGCCACCAGGGAUCAAAUAUACACACCUACACGCACACUUAAUACACAAACACCACUUACGCGUUCACCAACUCUUGCGGGAGUUUCUGGACUAGCAGCCAAUUCAGCAACCGGAAAUGCAGCCCCAGCAAAUAAGUUUGGUGGAAGCGGUUCUGUCGGAGUUGGAGGAGGUCCCUCCGGAUCAGGUUCAUUUGGAGGAAAAAAGGCUCCUGGCGGAUCCUCUAGUGGUGCUUUUGGACCUGGUGGAAGCGCUGGCGGAUCUUCUAGCGGGGCGUUUGGACCUGGUGGAGGUGCUGGUGGUAGCAGCUCGUUCCCGCAGCGAGGAAACACUGUUUCCGGAACCAUUAGCCGAGGUGGCGCAACAGGAUCAGGUGCAUCAGGCGCUUCUGGAGACCUGUACAAGUUCAAGUACGUCCUAGACUACAACGGACACGAAGAGACCGGUGGUCGCAAUGGCGACAAACAGGGCAGCUACUUUGUCAUCGGCGAUGAUGCAGUCGAGCGGACCAUCGAGUACAUUGCCAACGAGUUCGGUUUCCAGCCGCACGUCAGCUGGCGAAAACUGGACACCAAGGCAUCACUGCCCCAGGAGAACUCCCUCAAGCACUACGAAUUCAAGUGGUUCAAUCAACCGGAGUGAAUUCCUUUAAAAACAUAAGUAGCCUUCUUUCCCUUUCCUCCUCUUGCUGUACAUACAAAAUUUGUUAAUUUUCGAAUAAAAAUACAAUAAACAAGGUGUAACAGAUAAGAA